UCCGAAGCCUUGCAUCAAACCAGCUGAUUGCACAAAGCACCGUUCUUCGGCAACGACAAUUCUUUGUUAUCGUUGAUUGAAGUUUUCGUUGUGAUGUCUUGAUAAGGAAAACACACCAAUUACACAGUUUAAAUGCGCAAAAAUGUCUCAUGAUGCCUACACAAAGACUGGCCUCUACAGUCACCAAUCUGCUCAUGUAGAGCAGCAACCUGCUUCUGCUGCAGCAUUUCCAUCCAAUGGCAAGAAAAGGAAAAAAUCAAAUGGCCCUUCAUGCUCAACAGAGACCAUAAACGCUGACAAUCUUCAUGGCUGCUACAGCAAUGAUCAUGGCUCAGUUCAAACUUCUGUAUCUAGUUUACAAGAGGGAGAUUGCAGAAAUUGUGAUACUAUUUACCAUAACAGCAUAGUGAACAGUGGCAGUCUAAGUGGCCCUAAUUAUACUACAAGAUGCCCAACACAUGAUGACAAAUCUUUAGCUGUGCAGCCAACAAAAUCUUCAAAGUUGAGCUCUCAAAUCAAUUGUCCUCCUGAAGAUGCUUUAGCUGAGUUAGAGCCUUAUGAUGAUAAACCUACUACGUCUCAAUUAGAAACUUAUGAAAAAGAUAAACCAAUUGUUCAAAAUAAUGUCUGCAGUAACUCUGGGCCUAAAAAUAAUAUUCCGAUAAGAGUUGAUACCGUAAAAACUUUACCAUCUCAAGAAGAGGAAGUUCCGUUACAUCAUUUUGGUACAUCCUCUUGUGCUGCAGCAAUGCCCCAAUCUUCUACCGCCAUUCCCACAUCAGAUUCGUCCACGGUUGAGUGUGGUCUGCUAUCAUUUCGUCCUUCUUUCUUGCAAAAACUUGCAAACAUCAAAGUGUUUGUUCUGCUUCUGUCCCUCCUUGUGACCGUCCAGCAAGCUGUGGCAUCAGGCUACCUGAAUUCUGUGAUCACUACUUUAGAGAAGCGAUAUGAGGUGCCUUCAUACAUUACUGGCCUCAUCUCAUCCAUGUAUGAGAUUGGCAACGUUUCCACCGUUAUUUUUGUGUCGUAUCUUGGAUCCAGCCGUCACAUUCCUGUAUGGAUUGCUGUUGGUUGUGUUGCCAUGGGCAUGGGCUCACUGUUGUUUGUGGGUCCACAACUUUUCUUGGAAAGAUGGUCAGUUGAAGGAUCUGGAGCCUUAGCCUCCAAUGGAUCAAGCAUGUGCACGGCGGCCACAAUCCAUCACCAGCCAAUUGAUCAGCUGCCUGAGCUUGGUUUUCCUAAGCUGCCUCGCUUGGGGUCGUCUAAUAACGGCGCCUGCAUUGAUGAAGACGUGGCACCUGGCCAGAUAACCCCAGUGCUGCUGUUCAUGGCGGGCCAGCUCCUGCUGGGGGCUGGAGGCUCCCCUUUGUUGACGCUUGGUACCACAUACAUCGACGACCACGUCAAGAGGCAGGACUCCUCCCUGUACAUCGGCAUCAUUUACACCAUGGGAGCGUUCGGGCCAGUAUUGGGGUUCCUCUUAGGAGGCUAUCUUCUCUCGUUUUAUGUUGAUACUUUGUUUGUCUCUGAAGAUCUCAUUAAAAUUGACAGAACUCAUCCACGUUGGAUUGGGAUGUGGUGGGCGGGAUUUCUUUUGGGCAGUGUGGCGCUAUUCGUCCUGUCAGUUCCAUUCCUGAUGUUCCCGAAGAAGCUGGUGAAGGAACGUGAGAAAGUUCGACUUGCAGAGAAGAGGAGCGCGGAGACGGCCAAAGGCCACCGCAGGACCAAGAGCGAGACUAGCACCUGUUCGCGCGUGUCGAGAACAAGUCUGGCCUCGCGGCGCAUGUAUGGCAAGGACGUACGAGAUAUUCCUGCGUGUCUCUUGAAACUUAUACUCAAUCCUAUUUACUUCAUGACUUGCCUGGCGGCGUGCAUGGAGCUCAUCAUCGUCUCGGGUUUCAUCGUCUUCUUGCCCAAGUAUCUGGAGACGCAGUUUUCACUCUCUAAUGUGCAAGCGUCCGUGUUUACGGGAGGAGUCGCUAUCCCAGGGGCGUGCGUGGGUACAUUCCUGGGGGGCUACAUCCUCAAACGAUUCAGCCUGCGUCCCAAAGGAGCCGUGCAGAUGCUCAUGGUAUGUAACCUUUUUGGCCUGAGUCUCUACGGAUUGUUUUUUAUUCUCGGAUGCGAGAACGUCAAAAUGGCUGGUGCUACUUCGCCGUAUUUCAGCAAGUCUGUAGAACAACCUGUGGCAGCUGGUUACACGCACUCUACUGCCCCUCCAGCGCUCCAGAGGUCGGCCUUCAGUGGCACUGCGAUGCCUAAAUUUAGCGUUCCUUCCGACUACAUCGAUGACGUUUUGAUCACGACUCCUUUCGAUGAAAACCAGGAUGGGGACAACUUGGCAUCAAGGAGCAGUUUCUUUUCAAGCUCUGAACACCAAGGACCUUCGAGCGUGAGCGCUAGUGGUAAACUUAGUGGCACAUUCACCGUAAACUUGACGUCUUGGUGCAAUACGGGAUGCAAAUGCUCGCACCGUCUAGCCGAGCCCGUGUGCGGUAACAACGGCCUUACAUACUUCAGUCCCUGCCAUGCCGGCUGUACGGCCGCCUCACCUUCGUCCUUCACCAACUGUACAUGUAUCGACAGCGUUGCGUUCGAGCCGUCAAGCGCGGCGUUCGCGGAGGUGGUAGCGGUGCCCGUGGCGACGUCUGGCCCGUGCUACAUCCCCUGCAACACCUUCAUGCCCUUCAUGGUGGUGCUCUUCCUCAUGUGUGCUAGUGUCGCCACCUCACAGAUGCCCCUCCUCAUGAUCGUGUUAAGGUCAGUGUCGGAAGAAGAGCGCGCCUUGGCACUUGGGUUGCAGUUCGUCAUGUACAGACUCAUCGCCUACAUCCCCGCCCCCAUCAUGUUCGGCUCCAUCAUCGACAGCACCUGCCUGAUGUGGACCAGCGUGUGUGACCGAGGGCGCUGUCUCAUGUACGACAUCGAGCAGUUCAGGUUCAGGUGA